CAAAGAAAUUAGAACAUUAGAAUAAAAAGAGAGAUGGGUAUGGUUGUUGUUAUUUCUCUUCCAUUUAUACUCUUCACAAUUCUUAUUGGAUUUGGAUGUUUUUUCUUUGGAAGAGCUAAAGGUAGACAAGAUUUAAAAACCAAUCCCCAAGUCUUUGGGGUACCCACCCCACCACCUGGUACUUAUGUUACUGCUCCUUUUUCUUCAACUCAUAUUGUCAAACAAGACAAUACUUCAAAUGUGUAAAAGUUCAAGACUUAUCAUAUUGUGAAUGAUAUUUUUUAUUUCUUUUCUUUCAAGUUGUAUUAAUAUUGUUACCUGAUAAGGUAAAAAUAAGGUUCGUGUAUAUUCUAUACUAUCCCAAAUUCCACUUGUGAGAGUCAGUGAAAUUAUACUGAGUAUGUUGUUAUUAUUAUUGUUGUUGAAGUUGUAGUACGAAUUGGUGAUUAAAGUAUGUUUUGAUCAUAUUGGUAAUGAAAUUGUAUCAUUUGAGUGCGAACUAAUUCGCUUGUUUAUAUGUAGGUAAAUUUUACUCCUUCUUGUAUUUGGAAUACCAAAUGUCAAAUUGAGUGAAUUUGAAUA